AUGUUAGAUUGUGAACACCUUUCUAUCGUUAAUGUCUUGAGAAAAGAGACAGUACUCAUCUUUAGAAAAUAUCAUCUUCAGAAAAAACAAACUGAUACCGAACAGAAUAAUGAGAAGCUUAUGACUUCACUAGAAUUGAUAAAAGAUGGCUCUCAUACUAGACAAAGGAAUUAA